AUGGACCAGAUGGCGAUGCUGCUUUUGUUGCUGAGCUUGUGCGCCUCUCGUCUUGACGGCGCAGCGGCGCAGCAGUACUGGACGCCGGCCACCGCGACGUUCUACGGCGGGAGCGACGCGUCCGGCACCAUGGGCGGGUCGUGCGGGUACGGCGACCUGUACAGCGCCGGGUACGGGACGCAGACGACGGCGCUGAGCACGGCGCUCUACGGCGACGGCGCCUCCUGCGGCGCUUGCUACCUCGUCACCUGCGACGCGUCGCGGACGCAGUACUGCAAGCCGGGGUCGCCGUCCGUCACCGUCAACUACGGCGACCCCAACGGGUGGUGCAACUCGCCGCGGCAGCACUUCGACAUGUCGCAGCCGGCCUGGGAGACCAUCGGCGUGUACCAGGCCGGCAUCGUCCCCGUCAACUACCGGAGGGUCUCCGGCCACGACUACUUCGAGCUCGUCACCAUCACCAACGUCGGCGGCGCCGGCGCGGUGGCCGCGGCGUGGAUCAUGGGCACCGGCACGGACUGGCUGGCGAUGAGCCGCAACUGGGGGGAGAACUGGCAGAGCGGGGCCUAUCUCACCGGAAAGGCCCUGUCGUACAAGAAGCAGACGGACGACGGCAAGGUCGUCGUGGCGUAUAACGUGGCGCCGGCGAACUGGCAGUUCGGCAGCACCUACCAGGCCUCGGUCAACUUCUACUAG